UUGGGAGGAAGAGGAGGAAGAAGAGGAAGAGGAGGAGGAAGAGAGGAGGAACAGGAGGAGAGAGAGGACGAGGAGGACGGAGGACAAGGUGACUCCAACCAGAGGGGGUUGCCACGGCAACGAGGAGCGAGCGAGGAGAGCAGAACGUACAGGUUUGAGUAGAGGAUGGAUCAAAUACUCCGGCCCCCCCUCUGACCCCCAGUCCAGACUCUCUGACCCCCUAGCUGGGUCCUGGGGGGUCCAGGGACCCCCUGCCUGCCUAGCCCGGGUCCCCAGACCCAGUCCCAGCAGCAGCAAUCAUGUCCCAGGCAGGGAAGGUGCUGCACCUGUACGUGGAGGUGCGGUCCGUCUCCGAGGAGGAUGAGAAGCUGCUGGGCCGAGGAGACGGAGGCUCCGCCCACCUGAUGCUGCCGUGUCCGGACGUCCUGGCCCGCUCCGGCCCGGCCCGGCCCCCGGAGCCCCCCCCGGCCGGCGGGGACCGCUACCUCAGCCUGCCGUCCCCCAAGCCCUCGUCCCGCCACUCCGUCAGCUUCCAGCUGGACCCCGGCCGGUCCCCGUCCCCCUUCCAGAGCCAGGACCUGUUCGACAGCUUCGGCCACUUACUGGAGGUCUUCGCCCCCAAGACCCCCAACAAUCCGGGUCCUGCCGGCCCAGCGGGACCCGGCCCCGUCUCCCCGGACCCGGGACGGGGCUCCGUGUCCCCGUCCUUCUCCGGGAGACUCAGCUCGAGCCUCCGGCCCGGCGAGGACGAGGACGGCAGGACGUCGGUGGUUUCCUUCGGGUUCAUAGAGAAGUCCAGCGUCCAGAGCGCGGCCGCGCGCCGCUGCUCGCUGUGCGCUAACGGGCUAACGGACCCCCGGCGGGCCGCCCACCUGCACCAGAGGACCAGUGACCCGGCCUGGUUCCAGGAGGGGGACCCGUCCCGGAGACACCCCCCCCCGGGCCGGUCCGGCGCCCAUAGGACGGCCCUGGAGGCCCACAGCGCCACCAGCCGGGCCCUGGACGAGUUCGGGUCCCCGGAGCUCCGGCGGAGGUUCGGAGGAAGCUACGGUCCACGGAACCACCAGGGUCCGUCCCCCCGCAGCCGGUCCCUGGGCGGGUCCCCCGGGGGGUCCCCGGUGCCGUCCCACUGCACCCUGCCCUCCCGGGCCCAGCUCCUGGACCUGGACCGGCAGCUCUGCCGCGGAUCCAUGAACGGAUUACCCAGAAGCCCCGGCUCCGACCACCUGUACAACCAGUCCUUGUACGCGGCGACUUCCACACCGGCGCUGAGCUCGGCACGGUCCGGUUCCAGCCGGUUCCACCCGCCGCUACACGCCGGGAGGCCCACGGACAUCCAGCACCAGGUCCAGCACCAGGUCCAGGUCCAGGUCCAGGUCCCGGUCCAGAACCAGCUGCAGGUCCAGGUCCCGGCCGGCGGGUGGAACAGCAGAACCAGCGUGGAAAGUCUCCUCAGCGACCGAACCAGCGCCUCCCCGUCCCCGUCCCCGAACCCUGACCUGCCCGGCGCCGUCUCUCCGGCUUCGUCCCACGCCGAGCUGCCGAGGUCCGAGAGUCCAAACCCGUUCGGUCCCGCUCACUGCCGAAGUGCCCUUGAGCCUCAGCUGGACGACCACAGCGACGGCAGGGGAGCAGAAACCACCAAACCAGGACAAAUCUCCCCCCUCGGGGGCCCGUCCGGCCCGGCGUCCCCGGCCCUGGCGGCCCGGUGGACCCGCCCCCCUGCCUGUCACUCAUCGGCGCCGGACCUGCGGCACAAACGGACCCCUUCUUCCCCCACCAGAGACCUGGCCUCGCUGCACCGGUACCAGCCGGCACAGUACACCGGGAACCUGGUACCGGCCGGGGACCGGAGACACCUGUCCAGCACCGAGGCCCUGCAGGACCUGAGCUGGACCUGCAGGACCCCGCAGGACUGGAGGGGACCGGGAACGACCCGGGAGGGAGGGGGACCCUCCGAAGAGAAGCCUUGCCCGUUCUCCCCGGGGUACCAGGGGCACCAGGGGCUCGGGUACCAGGGGCAGCCCGUUCCGGGCACCUUGAACGGCCGGGGGGAGGCCCAGGAUCCCGGCGGGGGGGCCGGGUCGCCCUCCCAGACCUCCAGCGGGGUGACGGGGAGCCUCAGAGACGGGAGUCUGACCCCUGACCCCUGGAGCCAGUCCAGCCACGACGCCACGGCCGACGGUUCUGGGACGCAGGCUGACGGCUCGGCGCUAACCGCGGCGUCGCGCCAGCAGAGGAUCGCCCGCGCCAAGUGGGAGUUCCUGUUCGGGGGCCCGGACGACGCUCGCCGCAGCAGAGGAACCUCGUCGCUCGACGCCAGCCCCUCCCGAAGCCCCGCCCCCCCCGCCUCGCUCCGCCUGACGCCGGCCUAUCAGAGGAGCGGGCGGGACCCGGAGGCUCCCAGGGUGUCGCAUUACGAGGUCCGGCAGGUGGAGGUGGAGCUGGUGACGCCCGGCCGAGGCCCCGCCCCCCGAGGCCCCGCCCCCAAGACCGGCAUCAUCCGCCGCUCGCUCAAAUACUCGGAGACGGAUCUGGACGCCGUGCCGCUGCGCUGCUACCGGGAGACGGACCUGGACGAGGUGAUGCGGGCCGAGGAAGCCGAGGCCACCGAGGAGGCGGACUCGGCCUUCGGCAGCAACCGCAGCAUCCUGGGAAACUGCAGCUUCAGCCCCACAGACUCCUCCCCCCAGUCCAGGGGGCGGGGCCAGGAGGGAGGGCGGGGCCAGGAGGGGGAGGAAGAGGAGGAGGAGGAGGAGGAAGAGGAGGACGAGGGGGGUGUGGUCAGCUGGGCCAGCGUACGCAUGCAGGGGGACCGGCAGAGACAACGGGCCACCAGGGAGGAGGACGAGGUCUUCAGCCUGCUGCUCAAGGGGACGUUGGGCCUUUCCCCGGAGCCCCACGGGGGCCUGAAGUCCCCGGUGCCGGUGGGGGGCCCCCGCCGGCCCUCGGACAGCUUGGACUCCUUCAGCCGACACUUUGAGAGCAUCAUGGAGUCUCACCGGGCCAAGGGGACGAGCUACAGCAGCCUGGACAGCGUGGACCUGCUGACCUCGGGGUCCACGUCCGUGUUCACCUUCGACCUGCCCACGCUGACGCCCGAGAUCCAGAGCCAGAUCUGCGCCAGCGCCAAGCAGAUAGAGCUGAGCUUCGCCCCGCUGGGCCGUCUGGACCCGGCCGGGCCCUCGGAGCUGUCCCGGUCCGAGCUGGCCCUGAGCGGGUCUGGGCCCGGCCUGGGGGGCCUGGGGGGCCUGGGGGGCCCGCUGGGCCUACGGCCCCGGCACCACGACGACUCCAGCCCCCCGGCCCGGUCCCGGUCGGAGAAGGAGGCCUGGCGCCGCUCCAUCCUCAAGGACGGGUUCAGGAAGGCCAGCUCGGUGCCGGCGCUGCACCCUGGUGUCAGGGAGCGCCCCGUCCUCCGCCCCCCCGAGCUGCUCCACCCCCAGCCUGACGUAGCGGAGCGGCUAGCGCUAGGCGGUAGCGACGAGGGCCUGGCUAACGGGCUGAAGCCGGACCUGCAGGCGGCCCGGCGGCUAGCUAAACGGCUCUACAGCCUGGACGGGUUCAAGAAGUCGGACGUGGCCCCACACCUCAGCAAGAACAACGACUUCAGUCAGCUGGUGGCCGAGGAAUAUCUCAGUCACUUCGACUUCAGCGGUUUCACCCUGGACCAGGCGCUCAGGAUGUUUCUGAUGCAUUUUGCUCUGAUGGGCGAGACGCAGGAGAGAGAGAGAGUCCUCACUCACUUCUCCAGGAGGUUUAGAACCUGCAACCCCGAGAGUCUGAUCAUGGAAGACAGCGUCCACACCUUGACGUGUGCCAUCAUGCUGCUGAACACAGACCUGCAUGGAAAUAACGUGGGGAAGAGAAUGUCCUGCACUCAGUUCAUCACCAACCUGGAGGGACUGAACAAUGGGAAAGACUUUCCUAAGGACCUGCUGAAGACUCUCUACUCGUCCAUCAAGACGGAGAAGCUGCAGUGGACGAUAGAUGAGGAGGAGUUGAGGAAGUCGAUGUCGGAGCUGGCCGACGUCCGGACCGACUCCGCCUCCCACACCAUGAGGCGGCUGGGGAGUGGGCGGAACCCGCUGGUGGGCGUCGCCCAUCAGGCCGACGGCGAGCUCUACAAGAGCGGCUUCCUGGUCCGCAAGGUCCACGCCGACCCGGACGGCAAGAGAACGCCGCGGGGGAAGCGGGGCUGGAAGUCGUACUACGCGCUGCUGAAGGGGCUGGUGCUGUACCUGCAGAAGGACGAGUACCGGGCGGAGCGCGAGCUGACGGAGGAGGACGUGAAGAACGCCGUGUCGGUCCAUCACGCCCUCGCCAUGCGGGCCGCCGACUACCGGAAGAGACCGCACGUCUUCUACCUGAGGACGGCGGACUGGAGGGUCUUCCUGUUCCAGGCCCCCAACGGCGAGCAGAUGCAGUCCUGGAUCACGCGCAUCAACGUGGUGGCGGCCAUGUUCUCUGCUCCGCCCUUCCCCGCCGCCAUCGGCUCCCAGAAACGCUUCAGCCGCCCGUUACUGCCGGGAUCCAACACCAAGUUAACGCAGGAGGAGCAGGCCAAGUCCCACGAGAGCCGGUUCCGGUCGGUUUCCUCGGAGCUGCUGGAGCUGAACGGGUCGGCGCCGGAGCGGCGGGGGAAGAACCGGGAGCUGGAGGAGACGAAACUCCGGAGAGAAUACCUGGAGUUUGAGAAGACGCGCUACGGCACGUACGCCAUGCUUCUCCGGGCCAAGCUGUCCAGCGGCGCCGAGGACCUGGCGGCGUUCGAGACGCGUCUGUACGACGACGGCGGCCUGCAGAGGGCGCACUCCAGCCCGGCGCUGCCGCAGGACCACGCCGGCAACGCCAAGGCCCGCGGGGCCAAGACGUCCAAGAGCCUGAAGGUCACGACCUCGGCGACCUCUGCGACCUCCGUGACCUCGGCGACCUCCGCGACCUCCCUGACCCGGAGCUCCAGCAGCGGCGGCGGGAGGAAGAACGGCGGCGGGAACAGCCAGCAGGAGCUGCAGAGCAGCCGACAGGAAGAGGCGGCGUAGCGACCCGGACCAGGGACGGGGUCGCCACGGCAACGGCAGCCUCUGGGGAACCUGCUCCCGAUUGGCCGAGGGAGUUUCCUUCCGGUGAGACGUUUUCAGGGUCGCUGGGAGAGGCCACGCCCACCGGGAGGGGGCGGGGCUACGAGCUGCAGCCGCAGACUUUCACAAUAAAAGCUUCAUUUUUUUCCUGCGAGACUCGGUUGUUCAGCGUUUUGCUGUGAAAGGACCAACAGGAAGUGCUUCCAGGAACUUCCUCUCCGCCGCUGCUCUGCCCCCCCGCUAAACCCCCGCCGGUCGCCACGGCGACCACGAGUGUGUGGGACGGUUGUCACGGUGACGGAGCUGAGAGACUGAGCCGUCGCCACGGCAACUAGAACAAAACAGACAAAAGCCCCGCGACGCAGGAACACAUUAGUGUGUGUGUGUGUGUGUGUGUGUGUGUGUGUGUGUGUGUGUGUGUGUGUGUGUGUGUGUGUGUGUGUGUGUGUGUGUGUGUGUGUGUGUGUGUGUGUGUGUGUGUGCGUGCGUGCGUGCGUGCGUGCGUGCGUGUGUGCGCGUGCGCGUGCGCGUGCGCGUGCGCGUGCGCGUGCGCGUGCGUGUGUGCGUGUGUGCGUGUGUGCGUGUGUGUGUGCGUGUGUGUGUGUGUGUUUCCUCUCACGGUUUUGCUGGAAUCAAACAGGAAGUACGGAAGAGCGUUAGUGUCGAAACAUCAGCAUCAAAACAAACUUCAGUCACCGAUCAAUACGGCAGCAGGUGAUCAGAUAAUCGAUCAAUCGAUCGAUCGAUUGAUUGAUUGAUUCUUUUACAAUCAAGUGUUUAAACAGAAGUUUAGUUUUUUCUGUUGUCGUUUUCAUCAAAGCGAACAUGAAUAUACAUUUUGACUAUAUUAUUUAUUCAAACCACUAAAAAUAAUAAUAAUAAAAACAUAAAAUAAGAAUUCAAUAAAUUAAAACAUUUUAAUAACUGCUGACAGGAAAUGAAACAGUGAAACUUUAAAAAGUAAGAGAACCUAAACCUGGACCAGUUUUCCUGCUCGUUCAUGAACAAUCAGAAACUUCUAACACUAUUUUAAUAAAUCACUAAAUGUCAGUCCAAAAAUCUAUUUAAUGCGCUGCCAGAUAAUAAUGUAAAAGUGAAGCUGUGCUGCUGAUGUUUGGCCCUGACGAGCUUCCGUAGUUCCCUCGCUGGAAUCGUCUAAAUCCGUCCAAGAUUCUUUAUUUUUUCCAUGUAAAUUCUGUACAUGCUGGUUAGUGGUUGCUCAAGGCUGUGUGUGUGUGUGUGUGUGUGUGUGUGUGUGUGUGUGUGUGUGUGUGUGUGUGUGUGUGUGUGUGUGUGUGUGUGUGUGUGUGUGUGUGUGUGUGUGUGUGUGUGUGUGUGUGUGUGUGUGUGUGUGUGUGUGUAAAUAGCUGAAGAAGCCAUACAGCUGCACUUUGCUUUUAGAGCUUUUAGAAGGACCGUUAUUUAUUCCUCGGCCGGUUCUGACUGGCCGGUUCUGCCGGUUCCACCGGCCCGGUUCUGGUUCUGCCGGCCCGACCAGCUGUACAGACGUCACUUCCCGCUGGUUCCGCCGCGGUGGAACAAACCUGUGGUUCUGGAGCCUUAGAGACCAAAUUAAAACGUUUUCAAAUCA